AUGUGCGCUGACGUCACCCGCUCUCAGACAAUGACUUCAUCGUUGUCUGACCCAACACGCUUGGCCGAGGCAGAGGAGAGUGACGAUCGAGGCAUGCCCAUGCCCUGCGGUAGUUCGGUUCUUCACGCAACGCCAAUAGCAAUGUUAGACGCCAUUAGAGAUACGAUCCUGCUCCUACGGGCAAGCACAUCAGAGAAGACGCGCCAGGACUGUACAGAGUGCACGCAGGAUGAGCUCUCCAACCAUCAGAGGGCCAAAACCGCCGCCAUUUCCGACGUCGACGCCUUGAAGAGGCUGUUCAAGGGGCUCGUCGACAAGGUCAGCCGGCAACAGGAAGCAGCCUCUGCCAUCGCUGUUGUUGUGAUGCAGUUGAAGUCCGAGAGCAGGAAGCGGGCAGGCGGCGGAGCUAGAGGUGAUUCCUGGCUCCUGUUCACCGGGCCUGGCAAGGUCGGCAAGUGGAAGAUGGCAAACGCGCUGUCGGAGCUGGUGUUCGGAACUGGACCGACCAACGUUUGUUUCGGUGGCGCCGCCUCACGUACUGGCGGAGACGAUGGAGGGCAAAACGCCAAGUCGCGUGGUAGGACUUCGAAGGACCGCGUGGUGGAGGCCGUACCCCGGAAUCCGUUCUCCGUGAUAGUGCUCGAGGAUGUAGAUCAAGCAGAUGGGCUCGUGAGAGGAAGAAUCAAGCGCGCGAUGGAGCAGGGCCGGCUCGUCGACUCCUACGGCCGGGAAGUCAGCUUGGGAAGCGUAUUUUUCAUCCUCACCUCAAGCUGGCUACCGAAAGAUGAAGCUGAGACGGCAGUCAUCAUCCGGCGGAGGCUUGUCGCUGGACCUAAACUUGGCAGUGAGCAGGGAGGACGAGGCCGGGGAGGGGUCGAGGAGCUUGAGCGACUUCACCAUGGAGCACAAGCACAAGGGAACGCUUGCCGCCAGGUGUUCGAUGUCGCCCUCUGCCUCGGGGUUGAUGAAUUGGUGGACAAAGCCAUAGUUUUCAGGCUAGUCGACUUCGCGCCGCUGAGGAGAACCGUAUCGGCCAUAAUGGGCUAUGGAAGCUCACUAAAGAUCGACGACGACGUCAUCGACCGGGUUGUCGGUGGUAUAUGGGUAGGAAGAGCAGCAUUCGAUGAGUGGGCUGAGGGAGUACUGACGCCUUGCUUGCGGCAGUUGAAGUGCAGAUUGAGGGCAGAUGACGUUGUGGCGGUCGUCCGGCUAUCUGUGGUGAAAGGGGGUGGAGCGGCGACGAACGGCGACCAGGAUUGGCUACCGGCGACGGUGACGAUCGCCGUCGAUGAGCUGCAGAAGACGCCAUGGACAUGA